GGAAAGGAUGAUCACACAAAGGAGCAUUUGGAGCGAGAAGCAACCAAAGAAGAGUUGGAGCUCUUGGUUGCUGGUGAUCAGGAUACUGCCAGUGGUGCCAAGGGUUAUAACCUGAAGCGUAAAAAGGGUAAAAAGGGCAAGAAGGGCAAAGAGGAAUCUUUUGAGGACAAACUUCCUGAUAUUGAUCUUAGCAAAGAUGAUAGGUUCUCAGCAAUGUUCACGUCUCAUUUGUUCGCACUGGAUCCUACUGAUCCCCAGUACAAGAGGAGUGCGACCUUCAUGCAGAAGCAAACUGGGAAGCCAGGGGCGAAUGCAAGCAAAGCAGAGGGAUCAUCUCUGGGAGGCACAUUGCCACCUGAUGAUGCAACUUCUAAGAAUGAUAUUGAUCAGAAACCUGAUGGGGCAUCCACAGAGAAGCUGCAAAUUUUGUCUGCUGUAAAGUCUCUCAAAAGGAACCUUGGUGCUUUCAAAAGUGCAAGUACAGGUCACAGAUGAAAAUUCCUUUUGCUGGCCAUUGCUUGAUUAGUGAUGUCCCUGGGGAUAAAAUGAUUUUGUUUUGUAGACUGAAAAUUUUCUUCAUGUUUA